UUUCCGCGUCAUUUGACGUUAGCCCUUAACUAACGUACUUACAGCUGGCUCUAGUCACUGGUUUAUUGUCGCUGAACAGAGCCAGGAGCUGGUUGUCUGCUGUUGGGUUUUCAUGUGUGUCGUUAUGCCAUAUCACCGUCUCAAGUUCUGUCCUGAAUAAUUGACUACGGAUUAAAAAUGGAUUUGCAAGUUGAACUUCAGCAAACAGCAGAUAACAGCCCUACAGCUGAAUCAACAGAUCAUCCCCCGAGGAUGACCAGACAGCAGACUCUCACCCUAAUAUCAAUGGCAUCUGUCAACUUCAGUUCAAUGAUCUGCUACUCAAUAUUGGGGCCCUUUUUCCCCAAUGAGGCAGUCAAGAAGGGAGCCAGUCAAACUGUCAUUGGUCUCAUAUUUGGCUGCUACGCUGUCUGCAAUUUCAUUGGCUCAUUGAUAAUGGGGAAAUAUAUUGUCCAAAUUGGUGCAAAGUUUAUGCUGGUGAUGGGGCUUUUUGUUUCGUCAGGCUGCACCAUUCUGUUUGGGUUACUCAAUCGGGUACCUGCGGGACCCAUUUUCAUAACUCUGUGCUUCGUAGUGAGGUCCAUAGACGCUUUAGGCUUUGCCGCUGCGAUGACCUCGUCUUUUGCCCUGACAGCAAAAAUAUUCCCAAACAAUGUGGCAACUGUUUUGGGUAGUUUGGAGAUUUUCACAGGACUUGGUCUUAUUCUGGGGCCACCGGUCGGAGGGUGGUUCUACCAGUCUUUUGGAUACGAAGUCCCUUUUAUGCUUCUUGGGUGUUUCCUGUUGAUUAUGGUUCCAUUCAACAUAUACGUCUUGCCAAAGAUAGAUUCAGACCCCUCGAAGGAUUCGUUCUUUCGACUUCUCACCAAAGUGAAAAUCGUCAUGAUCUGCUAUGUGAUAUUCACUCUGAGUGCAGGACUGGGCUUCUUGGAUGCCACUUUGUCCCUGUUUGCUAUGGAGAGGUUUACUCUCUCAUCUGGCUACGUGGGACUCAUCAUGCUCGGUUUGUCGUUACCAUACUGUCUGGCAUCACCGCUGAUUGGGUAUUUCACUGAUAAAUAUCCUACCACCAGGUCUUGGUUCAUGGUGAUAGGGGGUGUCGCCACAGCCAUUGGCUUCUCAAUGCUCGGUCCCGUCCCUUUCCUUCACAUCCCGAGUAAUCUGUGGUUGCUGAUCAUCAUGCUUGGUGUAAUUGGGUUUUCUCUGGGCAUGACUGCAAUCCCCACGUUCCCUGAGAUCAUCACAUGUGCAAAGGAACAAGGAUAUGAAGAAGGAUUAAGCACUCUUGGAAUGGUGUCUGGACUGUUUGGGGCAGUUUGGUCCAUGGGGAUGUUUUAUGGCCCAAUAGUGGGUGGCCUUAUCACGCAACAUCUGAGCUUUGAGUGGGCCGCUGCAGUCCAAGGAGGCUUGGCGCUUUUGGGUGCCCUUUUCCUCGCAGUGUAUUACCUGUGUCAUCCCCCGCAACAUCAAAGCGUUCCAGAAGAUAGUCUACGAACAGAUGAAAGCACUCCUCUCCUGACUGAAUGAAGUCCUCAGCAACAUGUGGAAGGACGCCACACCGUACAAAACAUGAUCUAAAUGUCUCAGCUGCUCUGGGCAUCUCCUGCCAAGUUACACACAUGGUUCCAUUGUUAUUAUUAACAAUAGCUUUUUGCUAUAUUUUAAAGUUAUUGGUUGGUGUGGCAGGGACUGAUGCUUUCUACUGGUACGAACUUUAAGAUUGUACAAUUUAAAUAGAUUAUUUCACAUUGUAAAUGAUUAUGAAUGAAUAUAGUCAACCACUGGAAAGUCCAGACAAGCUCAAUGUGUCUUUUGUUCUGAAGCUCUGCUGUAUUAAUGAUCUUAGUUUUCUACAUCACAUGAACCGACUUUCAUGUUGAAGUUACACAAGUUAAGAGCUGCUGACCACAUUCAUGGUAACAUGAAGGGAAUAAGCACCGUCAUAGUGAGCCUCAUAACCUUCAGUAUAAUUUAUUGUAACAGAGAGCAUUGUGUCAUAUUUCACUCCAGUUAGUGAUUUUCUAUGUUGUGCCUUCUUUUCUAGUGCACCGAUUUAUUUUGCACUAAAUAAAAACAGUAAAUAUAUGAAGGAAAAUACA